GGCGAUGCAGUUUCGGCGCCGUUAGAGCGCCCGCAAUGACAGCAGCCAGCAACUGUCUAGCAGCAGCGGUGCGGCUUCAAUAGUCAUUUCUUCGUGGUGUGAUAUCAGGCUGGGCAACGUCAAAAUAGAUAGAUAGGGGGAGCGCUGUUCUUCAGCUUUCGCUUGCAGCAUUUCGCGACCUUGUUAUCAACCGCUUAGCGGCGUUGUCUCGCCUCUACGUGCCUACCUAUUCAGGAACAGCGUGUUUCAUCACAGAUUAAGGUGUUCUGCAACCGAUCCUGUGCGGCAUGGUAGUUGGCAUUACACAGCUCGCAAGUUUUCAGCUUCUAACCCCCUUUAUCCCAUACGAUUUCAUGAACAUACUGUAUGCUCUGGCUAGUGGCAAAUUGUUUUGCAAAUUGUUUCUCUGUGUACCAAAUCGACCUCAAGACAUCGCCACUAGCAAUACUAAUGCAUAGUCAAAGACACCACACGCCAGGGACCAACCUGAUUGAAGACGCCGUUGAAACCGUCUUAAGCGAUAGUAGCGAACAACCACAAAUUUCGAAGAGUCAGCACUUCCUCCGAUACUGGAAGUUGCAAUUUCUUGCCCCAAUCAAGUCAUGGAGAUUCCCCGCGGAAUGUCGCAAGACUGCGAUGUACCAGAGUCGCUGGUUAGCCACUGGUCAUGCCUUACUACAUUUGAUUCCCUUAAGCAGCGCAGUCGCGGUUUUAAUACUCAACUGGAGUGAACAUUUCGUGGGACCUUCUUUCACGUUCUCUACUACGCUACAGUUUGUCGCCAAAUUACAAGAGCUUCUGAUGCAGGCCUCCCUUGCUGAGAUCGUCUUAAGCAUUGUUCGUUCACAGAUGAUGGAAGGAUAUCUGCCCUUAGGUUGCUCUGUCAGUAUCUACACAGGCGAUGCACCUAUCUUACCUCUGGUCGCUCGAUUUACUGGCUGCAGUGACAUCCCAGUCUUUCCGCGGGCGGCGGAAAGCGCUAUUCGUUUGUCUAGUUCCUCUAUUAGUCCUUUUGACAGCCCUCGUUGGGCCGUCGAGCGCUGUUUUGUAUUAUUCCAAGGGCAGGAAUGUCAAGCAGACCAAGUGUUAUACAUUGGCGAUCCAAGAGCGACGAAGACACCAUGUUCCCUUCUCGACUAGACAAGACGCAGAACUUGACAUUCAACUUAGAUCGGUUUUCCACAACUUACUCAUUCGAGGAAACAGUUCAGACAGAGUUCACCAACACUCAAGUCUAUUACAAUGGAAACGACACGAUGGUACAAUUGACCUCACGAGCUUUGCACUAUAUCAUGACCGAGAACGAGGGUG